AUGGGUAUCAUGGAUAAUGAUGCUCUUAGUCAUCCACCAUUGCCGCCACCUCCGUUCUGGCCAUGGCGUCACCGUCUCCAUCUUCAACCACCGUCGCCAGUAAAAGGAGGAGGCUACUUGUAUUCCUUUCACCCAUCUUCCCGGACAUGGUUUCGUCAUCAAGAUGCAUAUGUGUAUCAUCAACUACGAGGUGAAUGGGACAAGAGAGAAACUUUCUUGGCAGAGAGAAAAGGAGAGCUCUUUCUCAUGUUUGCAUGCAGUAAGGAGAAGCCACUAGUGUUUAAACUAGUCUCUUUGCAAUGGGAGGAGGUGACUAGUACUGAGCUUGAUGGUUUCACAACCUUCUUCAGUUCUUAUAACUCUGAGUUGAGAAGUAAUAUCCCAUUGAUGAGGAACAACCUCUGCUUCCCAUGGUUUGGUGACAAGCGCAAGCGAUGUGUAUCCAACUUUUUUGAUAAAAGCAGGUAUAAUCCGCCUAAUGCAAGUCUUAACUGGUUAGAACUUAUCCCUUGUCACAAGAGCCUCUGGAUUGUUCCGCCGAGUAACGUUUUUGACUAUUUGUGA